GGCAGUGCAGGAGUCCGAUUUGCCCACACAGACAUUAGGGUACCAGACUUCUCAGACUACAGGCGCCCAGAGGUGCUCGACCCCAACAAGUCCUCCCAGGAGAGCAGUGAAUCCAGAAGAACCUUCUCGUACCUGGUCACUGGUGCCACAACCGUGGUGGGCGUCUACGCUGCCAAGACGGUGGUCACUCAGUUUGUUUCUUCCAUGAGCGCCUCAGCUGACGUCCUGGCCUUGUCCAAGAUUGAAAUCAAGCUGGCUGACAUCCCUGAAGGCAAGAACAUGACUUUUAAGUGGAGAGGUAAACCGCUGUUUGUCCGUCACCGCACAGAGAAGGAGAUCGCCGCAGAGGCCGAAGUGAACCUGGCAGAGCUGCGUGACCCUGAGCACGACAAGGACCGGGUCAUCAACCCCAGCUGGGUCAUCGUCCUUGGGGUGUGCACGCAUCUGGGCUGUGUGCCCAUCGCCAACGCAGGUGACUUCGGAGGUUACUACUGCCCCUGCCACGGCUCACACUACGACGCCUCAGGCCGCAUUAGAAAAGGCCCCGCCCCCCUCAAUCUGGAGGUUCCCUAUUACGAGUUUCAAGAUGAUGACACUGUGGUUGUUGGAUAAAUAACACUCCUCUGACUGAGCUCUCAUUUUACAGGGUGACAGAUGCGUGGUGUUGUCGUCGAUACAGUGAGGAAGUGUUUAGGUAUAAUUCUGUAUUCAUAUUCUGCCAACUGGGGAAAAACUAUCAAUUUCAACUGGUAUAUAUGGAAAUGUUUUGUUCUCGGCAGUCUCUCACUCACUGUCACAAUUUUCCAAAACAUGACAGCAAAUCUGUCAAUAUUGGUAGUCCUCUUUACCUGUUGUAUUUCAAGUAAUGCAGUCACUGAACAGAAUGAAAGCAAGCAGGAGCUGUCAUUUCCUUUUAACUAAGUCAGUUUGAAAAUGGCGUUGAAGUUAAAUAGGUGAACCCUCUUAAGAUGUCAUCCUUUCGAUGUGAACAUAACAUAACGCCUGCUUAUGUUUAAGUUAUAGUCUCUCAUUGGCAAAGAACCAACAUUGUGUUCAGUUCUAGUAAUAAAGAUUUAUAUUUUAUCUGACAA